CCUCGUGGUUUCCUUUCCUCUUUGCCGGCCGGCCGCCGCUUCCGCCGUCGCCGGAAGGAGGGCAGCGGGAGCAUCGGGGAACAUGGCGGCCGUGGAUAUCCGAGAUAAUCUACUGGGAAUCUCUUGGGUUGACAGUGCAUGGAUCCCUAUUUUGAACAGUGGAAGUGUCUUGGAUUAUUUUUCAGAAAGAAGUAAUCCAUUUUAUGACAGGACGUGUAAUAAUGAAGUGGUCAAAAUGCAGAGGCUAACGUUAGAACACUUAAAUCAGAUGGUUGGAGUGGAGUACAUCCUUUUACAUGCUCAAGAGCCCAUUCUUUUUAUAAUUCGGAAGCAACAGCGACAAUCUCCUACCCAAGUUGUUCCAAUGGCUGAUUACUAUAUCAUUGCUGGAGUAAUCUAUCAGGCACCAGACUUGGGAUCAGUUAUAAACUCCAGAGUGCUUACUGCAGUACAUGGAAUUCAGUCAGCUUUUGACGAAGCUAUGUCAUAUUGUCGAUAUCAUCCUUCCAAAGGGUACUGGUGGCACUUCAAAGAUCAUGAGGAGCAAGAUAAAGUUAAACCUAAAGCCAAAAGGAAGGAAGAACCAAGUUCCGUGUUUCAGAGACAACGUGUGGAUGCAUUACUCCUAGACCUUAGACAAAAAUUUCCACCCAAAUUUGUGCAGCAAAAGUCUGGAGAAAAGCCUGUCCCAGUGGAUCAGACAAAGAAGGAAGCAGAAGCUAUUCCUGAAACAGUAAAAUCUGAAGAGAAGGAGAUUGCCAAAAACACCCAACAGACAGUGAGCACUAAAGGCCCGCCUGAAAAACGAAUGAGACUUCAGUGAGUCUGGACACGGAGGAGAAGCUCAGAAGUCUCCUCUUGCCUUUCAUCUUACCUUGCUCCUGUGACAGUCUCUUGGACUUUAAAAUUAUUUGUCACGACUUCCAUUUCUUUUUAAGAACAUAUCUAAGAGUAUUCUUUCAAAAAGGAUAUAAGAGGAUCAUUGUGAUUCCAUUGGAACAUUUUUAUGUAUCUUUUCUAACUUUCCCUGACUAGACUUGAGCAGCCUCGUCACUACAUGUGCACGUCUGCACACAGGUAUAAGCUAAAUAAAGGAAUUUGUAUAUAUUAUCAUGCCUUGUUUUCAACCUUAUUUCUCUCUCUGAAUUAUUUCUAAAUGCUCUUUGUAAGCAACAAUUGUUAAAGUAAUAGCUAAACUUCCUUUCAUCGGUUGCAUAUUUUUAGCGUUUGAGUUACAACCUGAAAGAUAAAACAGAAACCCUCUACUCACCAUUACCUUACAUAUACUAAAACUUGUGCUUAUCAUUUUUUUCUCAUUUUAUUUCUCCCAAGCACCACUGCAUGUUUUCCCAAGACCCUUAAAUAAAAAUGCAAAUCUUA